AUGAUAAUAGCCAAUUUAAUCGGUAUUACAUUUUUAUCUUUGUUCCUCUCUCUCUCUCUCUCUCUCUCUCUCUCUAUCUAUCUAUCUCUCUCUCCCUCUCAUGAACACACGCACAUUUUAGUUGUUGUGUUUUUUCAUAAACUUUCUUUCCCAAUUUCUUUCUUCCGCUUUCUCUUUCUUAUUUUUACCUCAUUCUCUUCCUUUUUUCUCUUUCAUUUUUCUGCCUUUUUUCCUCAUUCUCUUUUAUUUCUGUUUUCUCUCUUAUUCUCAUUUUUUCCAUUGUCUCUCUUAUUCUCAUUUUUUCCAUUUUCUCUCUCAUUCUCAUUUUUUCCAUUUUCUCAUUUAUUCUCAUUUUUUGUUUUCUUAUUUAUUCUCAUUUUUUUCGGUUUUCUCAUUUAUUCUCAUUUUUUCUGUUUUCUCAUUUAUUCUCAUUUUUUCUGUUUUCUCAUUUAUUCACAUUUUUUCUCUUUUCUCAUUUUUUCAGUUUUGUCAUUUAUUCUAAUUUUUUCUGUUUUCUCAUUUAUUCACAUUUUUUCUGUUUUCUCAUUUAUUCUCAUUUUUUCUGUUUUCUCAUUUAUUCACUUUUUUCUGUUUUCUCAUUUAUUCUCAUUUUUUCUGUUUUCUGAUUUAUUCUCAUUUUUUCUGUUUUCUCAUUUAUUCACAAUUUUCGGUUUUCUCUCUUAUUCUCAUUUUUUUCUGUUUCCUCAUUUAUUCUCAUUUUUCCUUUUUCUCUCUUAUUCACAUCUUUUCUAUUUUCUCAUUUAUUCUCAUGUUUUCUGUUUUCUCCCUCAUUCUCAUGUUUUCUGUUUUCUCAUUUAUUCACUUUUUUCUGUUUUCUCAUUUAUUCUCAUUUUUUCUGUUUUCUCAUUUUUUCUUUUUUCUCAUUUAUUCUCAUUUUUUCGAUUUUCUCAUUUAUUUCUCAUUUUUCUGUUUUUUCAUUUAUUCUCAUUUUUUCUGUUUUCUCAUUUAUUCUCAUUUUUUCUGUUUUCUCAUUUAUUCACAUUUUUUUCUGUUUUCUCAUUUAUUCUCAUUUUUUCUGUUUUCUCAUUUAUUCUCAUUUUUUCUGUUUUCUCAUUUAUUCUCAUUUUUUCUGUUUUCUCAUUUAUUCACAUUUUUUCUGUUUUCUCAUUUAUUCUCAUUUUUUCUGUUUUCUCAUUUAUUCUCAUUUUUUCUGUUUUCUCAUUUAUUCUCAUUUUUUCUGUUUUCUCAUUUAUUCUCAUUUUUUUCUGUUUUCUCAUUUAUUCUCAUUUUUUUCUGUUUUCUCAUUUAUUCUCAUUUUUCUGUUUUCUCUCUUAUUCUCAUUUUUUCUGUUCUCUGUCUGUCUCUAUCUCUGUCUCUAUGUCGUUUUCUUUACAUUUUUGUGCCGAUAUAUUCUUUUCUUUUUAUGGCAGGUACUCUGUUCUGUUUUCUUAUCGUAAUAUAGCGUAG